UUUCGGAGCCGACAGGGUGUCAGUCCACCAGGACGCCGGUAUUGUGGUGUGUGGCUGUCUGUUUUGGUCUGCAUUUCGUUUUUGAAAUGAACACUGGGCAACGCCCGGCCACUGGCGCUAUGAUGGCACCUGGCGGCUGCCAGGCUUACGCUCCAUGCGGCGCCGAAGGGCAUGCCGCUUACCAGCAACAACCUGGGAGGUCGUAUUCGCAACAGUAUGAUGCCCAACAUCAGGCAUCUGUUCGAGGGUAUACAUCACAGCAAGUACAGUACAGAAAUGCACAUCCUUCAGAUGUGGCAGCAACAAACGCCGUUCAACAACAAGCUGCCGUGCAACAUCAUGUUGGCAGCCAGCAGUCGAGCUCGCACGAAGCGGCUGCUGCACAACAGCACAACAGCGGCACUCAACACACCGUGUCGGGCUCCCAGCAGGAGGGCCAACAACGGAAGCAGCAUCACUCGUCGAAGCCUACUGCCAGCAUGCCGAGGCCACAUUCGGACUGGCAGAUUCCGGACCGCUAUGAAAUCCGCCACCUAAUUGGGACCGGGUCAUACGGCCACGUAUGUGAAGCUUAUGAUAAACUGGAGAAACGCGUUGUUGCGAUCAAGAAAAUCCUGCGCGUUUUUGAAGACCUUAUCGACUGCAAACGCAUCCUGAGGGAAAUUGCUAUUCUGAACAGACUGAAUCACGACCAUGUAGUGAAGGUGCUCGACAUCGUCAUCCCAAAGGAUGUGGAGAAGUUUGAUGAGCUGUACGUCGUACUCGAGAUUGCGGACUCUGACUUCAAAAAGCUCUUUCGGACCCCGGUGUACCUGACGGAACUUCACAUAAAGACGCUUCUCUAUAACCUCCUUGUCGGUGUGAAGUAUGUACAUUCUGCUGGCAUCCUGCAUCGCGAUUUGAAGCCCGCCAAUUGUCUGGUCAACCAAGACUGUAGCGUGAAGGUAUGCGACUUCGGCCUUGCUAGAACCGUGGACUAUCCUGAGAACGGGAACUCCCAGCUGCCAAUUUCUCCUCGAGAAGACGACAUGAAUCUCGUCACCUUUCCACACACUAAGAACCUCAAGCGGCAACUUACAGGACACGUCGUGACGAGGUGGUAUCGCGCUCCGGAGCUAAUUCUGCUGCAGGAGAACUAUACCGAGGCCAUUGAUGUGUGGUCUAUCGGGUGCAUCUUUGCUGAACUUCUUAACAUGAUUAAAGAAAACGUUGCGUAUCACGCGGAUCGAGGUCCCCUCUUCCCAGGCUCGUCGUGCUUCCCUCUGUCUCCUGACCAGAAAGCGGGCAACGACUUCAAAUUUCACACCCGCGGCAAUCGCGACCAGCUCAAUGUUAUCUUUAACAUAUUGGGGACUCCGAGUGAGGAGGACAUUGAGGCGUUGGAGAAGGAGGAUGCGAAGCGCUAUAUUCGAAUUUUCCCGAAGAGAGAGGGCACGGAUUUGGCUGAACGUUUUCCGGCGUCCUCUGCUGACGCUAUCCAUCUGCUGAAAAGGAUGCUGGUUUUCAAUCCAAACAAACGCAUUACGAUCAAUGAGUGCCUGGCCCAUCCCUUCUUUAAGGAAGUCCGGAUCGCCGAAGUUGAAACAAACGCAACAGAGAAGGUUCGCCUGCCUUUCAAUGACUGGAUGAAUAUGGAUGAGCCUCAACUACGCUAUGCAUUCGUCAAGGAGAUCCAGCGGUACCAUCCAGAGAUUCAGUUGCCUAGGCGGUCACCAAACCGGGCGAGCUCAUAGGACAUCAAAGCCAGUGUCCUAGAGAAAUUUGUUCUCGGAGGUAGUCACCGCGUCCACGCAAUAUGUCGAGGACAGUAUCUAGCAAGCCAGUAAUCGGUUCAUUUUACUUUCGACGUGCCGUGGGAUAGGAUUCAGUCAGUAGCAGUAGAGUCCGCGUUUGCAUAGCUUCUCUCUUGAGACGACCACAUAGGGCACAAACCCAUGUGUUGCAAGUUAUGGUUGAAAAGUCAGAAGGCAGGGCUUGAAAAUUAGCAUAUUCUCUAGAGAGAGUUGCGUCACAGUUCCGCGGUUUGAAGAGUGUAUCCUCCACUUAUGGAUACAUUAUCGCAAUUCCUCGGACAACCCAAAGAGCUGAGUGCUGCGAUGUCUUUCUGCGGAUCAAUGAAUAGACCGGGUACUCGGUUUCUUCUCGUUUUUCUUUACUCGCUUCGUGGGUGGGCACAGCAUCGCUACAAUGUGGUAGUAUAUACUUUGAAGGAGUUCUCCAGCAAAUUUGCUGACGGUUGCGUCGGGGUGGGCAGGAACAUGUGGGCAAUCUCGGGAUGUUCCUCGAGGUAGUCUUCGGUUGUGUGCAGUGGUACUUUCGGCACAGGAAGCAGGCGGCUACUGCGGUGGACAGUCACCACGGCGGCUGCAGGCUCCUGGGCGGUUCGGGAAUAUUCGCAUGGACUGACCGUCCAGCAAGAUAUAUAUAUAUAUAUAUAUAUAUGCAUAUAGGCAUACACCGAAUUCUUCUGCUGGUCGUCUCCCAGCAGAAGAUUUCUGAAACUAGGCAGCAACCCUAUGAAAAGCAAUGAAAGGAGAACCAUAGCUUCUGCAGCUACAACGUAGAUACUCGGUACGUGGACAGGACAUAUCUUGCUGUUUGAGGCGACCACUAGGAACUAUACAGGCAUGCCUUCAAGCAGCGAAACAGCGUAACGUUUUGACGCUGUGAGGACCUCUAUGUGUUCAUCAAGGUCAAGGGUAAGCUACCAGUGGGAAGGAACAAAAGAAAGGUGGCGGGUGCAUUUUGGCAGGCUGUUCAGAAUACAGACUUCUCAAUGAAGGUGCCUUCUUAGUAAAGAAGGGGGGGAUAAUGCCGUUAUGGUGCACUUUUUUUGUAUCUUAUAGUCGAACACGAGGAAUGUUUUUAGCUGCGGCUAUUAUCAAACGCUUGUGGAUUCUUCAAGGGUGCGGCAUAACCAGUGCUGUCCCACGCGCUAUCAAAAACUGGUCAGCAUUCCCCGUUCCCCCAGUCGUUUCUAUCCUAACGUGACAUGAACGCGAUUGGCUUCUUUUUGUCCGUGGGCGCCAC